GGUGGCUCAUCCAGGGAGUGGGAGGGCUGUCCACAUCCUUUUCUGUAGUGGGGAGCCUAAAACUGGAUGCGGGACUCCAGGUGAGGCCUCAACCGUGUUGAAUAGAGGGGAAGAAUUAGUUCCUUUGAUUUGCAAGUCGCUCUUCUGUUAAUACAGCCCAGGAUACUGUUGGCUUUUUCACAACAAGGGCACACUAUGCUUGGUUCCUAUUCACCUUAUGGCCCACCAAAACCCCUAGGUCCUCGUCUGCAGCACUGCAGCCUGGCCAGCCAUUCCCCAGGCUGUAUUUAUGUGGAAACACCAUGUAUCUGGGUCCUUGAAGGCAGUUUUCCUUAAGUAUUCCUGGAUAUAACUGUUUUUUUGGUGUGGUUUAGUACCCGCUGAGGUGUUGGGGCUUACAGCCCACCUUAUGGAAAUGGGGGGCUCCUCCCUAGCUUGCUUCUGCAGCCAUAGGGCUGAGGGCAGGCGAAACUUGGGGGCAUCCGAGACCCUCUGGGCUUGGGUCUGCAUGUAGGAUGCCUGCCGACAGACUUUGGAAGUAUCUGAAGCCCCUGGUGGGGAUGGAGGAUGUUUGUCGGGUGUAGGGCCACUUAUGGUUCCUAGAUUUGGACUUGAUUUGGCUGGGAACACGAAAAAUUUAUUAAAAAAAAAAAAUCGUGCAUGCGGUUAUUCUACCUAAAGCACAGGACUUUACACUUGUCCUUGUUGAAAAUCCGCUCACUGAUGGCAGACCAUUUCCCCAGGCUAUCCAUGUCCUUCUGGAUCCUAGCCCUACUACCCUCUGGAGUGUCUGCAAACCCACCCAUCUUGGUGUCAUCCCAAAAUUUGCUAAGUGUGUGCUUGAUCCCAUCAUUUACAUUAGUGAAGAUGCUGGACAUCACAGGGGAAAUCCUCUAUUGGCCCUUCUGCAGAAGGAGAGCUAAGUAGUGGGUGAGAUUCCUAGAAGAGCUCGGAGUUUAAGUUUCAUCUUGUUCUAGGAAUCAGUCCGCCCUCUACUUUUCUGUGCUCCUGCCCUCUGUCAUGGCAAAGGGAGGUAGAUGCAGAAGGUGGUUUUGGGGCAAUUGCAGGUGACCCAUCAGCUCCUCACAGAAUAGAGGCAUGGAUAAUAUAUUCCCUAAAGGGUCUUGGGUUUCUUCUAGCCUGGGGAUCUGAUUGCUCUCGACAAGCCCUUCAGCGGGGUGAAAUCCUGGGGGGAGAAGAGUUACAGAAGCUAAAUGAUGACCUUGGAGGAAGAUCAGCUGGGUGUGGCUUGUCCGUGGAGAAACUUCAGCUGGAAAUUAGACAACAGAAACUAGACAAUGCUAGGAGCAUGGGGAACAAGCAGGAGGAACUUGCACUCCUGCUUGCAAGGCAACAACUUUGACCUGGUUGGGCUAAGUGCAACCUGGUGGGACCUUACUCGCAGGUGGGCAGUGGGUGUUGAAAGUUGUAGGUUGCACAGAUGGGAUAGAACGGGGAAAAAGGGUAGGGGGUGUUGCUCUUUAUGUUAAGGAACAAUAUACAUCUUCUAUAAUCAAGAUGGGAUCAGGGGAGGGCCAAACAGGUACUGUGGGUUAGGAUACAAGGGGGUUGAGGGGAAAGAGACUUGGUAGUGGGGGGUCUACUAUAGACCGCUACACCAGGAGGAUGAGCAAGACCUGUAAUUCUCUGGGCAGCUCUCAGAGGCUGUAUGGUCAAGACAUACUAUUGUCAUGGGUGACCUAAACUACCUGGAUAUCUGUUGGGAGGAGCAGUCAGUCAAAUCUAACCGCUCACUUAGGUUCUUAACCUGAAUAUAGGACCUCCACCUAACGCAGGAGGUAUACGGUGCCAUUAGGGGGAACAUCUUGCUGGAUUUUGUGCGGGCUACGAGAGAUGACCUGGUGGGGGAUCUGCAGGUACAAGGCAACCUAGGGAAUAGUGACCAUCAAUUGAUUGAAUUCACUAUCCGGGGAAGGGUAGGAAAAGUGACCAGCAGGGCAGAAGUGCUAGACUUCAGAAAGGCUGACUUCAGUGUGCUCAGGAGAUUAGUUAGCGGGGUAUUAAAGCUCAGGGGCGGGCAGCAGGGAAUAGGAGAUGCUCUGUUCACCAGAGCAUCCCUUGAAAUAAGCAGAAACAAUGGCCACAAGCUGAUGGAGCACAGAUUUAGGUUGGACAUCAGAAGGAACUUCUUCACGGUGAGGGUCGCCAGAAUCUGGAACGGGCUCCCAAGGGAGGUGGUGCUCUCCCCUACCUUGGGGGUCCGCAAGAGGAGACUGGACAAGCACCUGGCUGGGGUCACAUGACCCCAGCACUUUUUCAGGGGGUCAGACUCAAUGAUCCUUUGAGGUCUUUUCCGUCCCUAGCAUCUAUGAAUCUAUGAACAGCUUGUAACCACAAAAAGGAAAAGGUUCUUGACAGCACAUCUGGUUUAGGAUGGAGUUUGGCACAUUGGCGAAGGGGAUUAAACAAUGUGAUACGGAGACUAGCUUCAAUACCCAGGAGGUCCCUUCUGGUUCUGUGUCCUAGUGUUCAGACACAAGGAAUAAGAUCCCAUCAGAUAGAUGCUAUUCUGCUGUAGACAUCAACGGUAGGGAGCCUGGUGGGAUUGGACAGUGGUUCUCAACUGUUUUAGAUUCAAUGCAACCCUCAUUAGAUUCAAUGCACUCCUCGUUGGACUUGAGGCACCCCUUGGAGAAUGCCAGCUGUUAGUUCUCUCUCCUUUUUUGACUACAGAAAAAUAAUAGAGCCAUUCUUCUGUUGCAAAGAACUCAGGGCCGAAUAGCUUUCAUACUAUGAUUUCCUAUUUGAAACCUCUGGGUUUGUCUUGUGAAUCAUGUUUGCACACCGAACAGUGAUGACAUUGCAUAGCUCAUGGCAGCCUUGAAAGGAUUUCAAGGCACACUGCUGAGAUAGGGGCUUUACUGUCAGCCUUUGGACUCGAGGUCUCACUUAGAGUGAUCGGGGGACUGUUUUGCAGUAAGUCUAUAUGCCCAAUUAAUAUCUCAGUCUCCCCAGGUUACAUGUGGAAUAGGCUGACUUUUAUGUCGAGCUGGCAGGGGAGCAAGCUGUGGAUACGCUACAAGUGGGGUGGGGUGGAGUGGGCCAUCAGGGACUGAGGGGGCCUUCACCUAAGGAAGGAGACCCUAGUAACUGGAGAUGAAGUUUAGAAUAGCCCCCUGGAGCCGGGAUCAAACAGGAGUGCUGCUUCAGGGGCAUCUCCCUGCUGGUGUCCUGAGUGCCACUGCUCUUCCCUGAAGCCUGGCCAUGCUACACAGGCAGCAAGGAGGGAGCCAGGAGGAGCAGCUGGAUCCCAGGACAACAAGUGGUCAGUGGGGCAUGACUCAGGGAGCAGGACAUGGCCAACUGCCCCAUUAGUGCUCAUGAUAAAUGGAGGAUGGCCAGCUGUGGGCUGUGGCCAGACCCUGGGAAAACCUCUUCCGCUGUUAACUGUCAUCCAGAUGUUCCUAAAAUGAUUUGGGCUCUGUGUCCUCUAACUCAGGGGUGCUCAACUCCUGGCCUUGGGAUAGAUCUGGUCCCUGGCACCAUGUCAUCUGGCCUGCAGGCCUCCUCACACAUCCAUGGGUAGGGUGAUCGUAUGUCUCAGUUUGGCUAGGACAGUCCCGGAUUUCGUCGGCUGGUCCUGGCCAGUUGGUGAAGAUUAAAAUGAGUGCCCUGGAAUUGCAGGGUGCAGGGCGCAGCCUGGUGGGUGCACCCCUGCCUGCUGGCCUCUUCCACUGCCUGCAGCAGUACCACUGAUUUGGGGGCAGGGGGUAGUGUCCUGGAUACCCUGGAUUUCCUUAUGGUCACCCUAUCUACGGGGAGCCCCGUAAGCCGUGGGCUGGCACGCCUGAUCAGGUGCACAGGGCAGUGGGGAGCCUGGUCCUGGCAGGUGGGGCUGGGCAGGGGUGGUGUGGGGCCCUAGAACCUGAUUGUGGCAUACGGGGCUGGGCAAAGGUGGCACGGGGCCCUGGGCUGGGUCCAAUCCAGCCCCUGGACUGGUUCUGUACCCCUCAAGUGGUUAAGCACCACUCCUCCUCCUAAAUCCCAAUCUGAUUAACCCCAUGGGGCUUGACGUUUGCAGAGGCGACCCUUUGCCCUCUCACCUGGCGGUCAUUUUAGUUUGCCCAGGUUUCUGGGCGAGGGAUCAAUCCUGUUUUUACUCUAGCUCGUUAGUAGGACUCUCCAGAAAAUGAACCUGCCCUUGCCCCUGUCAGCCAGCUCCUGCCAGCCAGCACGAAAUAUCAGGUCCGAAUGUCACAGUUGCCUCGGGCCGACAUCCAAACCGUGCCUUGCAAUAGGGAUCUGCUGCCUUCUCGUUCCCCCCUGAGGGUGCACACAUGUCACUUACUGGGCCAUAUGCUGGGUUUGCUCUGCCGUAAAGGUGCAGCAGGCAUCUGACACGCAGCCCGACUCACUCUGAUCCCAGGAAGUUACUCCCUGAAAGCCACGAUGGCUGUAACUACACAUAGUAGAGCUACUACGUACACCAACUUCUUGUGUCUUCUUCCUUGGUUACUAUCAUCCCCCUUUGUACUUUGCCAACUGGUUCCUGGCACCUAGAGCUCAGGUGCUGUAAUAACAACCCACCAAUUUGACUGUCAGUCUUGUGUCCACACCUUUUUACAGCAUAAAUUUAUUGCAGAUUAACAUGUAGGUUAACUACUUUCUAGUAAUUAAGAUAUCUGUCCAUGCCCUGUCCAGGUCUCGUAUGAUAUUUCCUGGCUCCAUUAUGGUCUAAUCCAAAUUGCAUUGAUGUGUACUAUAAGAUUUCCCCUCUUUUCAUCUAUUGUGGUUACAAUUUGUAUGCUAUUUCACUUAUGGCCACAGGGACAGAUCAGAGUCCUGCUCUACUAAGGUACAGUACAAGCCUAAUUAAAGAUAUGUCCCAAGUAAUCAGCAGUCUAACUACAGUAAUAGCUGGUUGGAAAAGAAUGAUUUUAAUCCCUGACAAAACUCACAAAGAAAACAUUUUCAUAUCUAUCAACAUUUUAAAUAAUGAGCUGAGUUGAAACGUGGGCUUUUUGGAAAUCACAAACCGAGAACUAUCAGCCGGAAGCAGGAAUAAGAAAAGGCUUUUUUGGCUUUUUUUAAAAAACAGAACCCUGCUUAAAAUUUCAACAAAGCCAGACAUUUCCCCUUGAAAUGUCCUUGUCCCUCAAAACAUUUUAUCCUUCAAAACAUAUUCUGAAUGAAAAACUCCAAGCAAGUCUAAGCAAGACCCUAGAUCCAGUCUGUCCCCUAGAUAAGAGGCUAAUUGAAAUCCAGGGAAAUCUGAUCUAAUCCAGAUAAAUAUUUUAACCUUAGAGAUCAAGAUACCGAUCAUUUUUAUGGCAGGUUUGAACGUAUCAUGGAGAAUUAGCUAGAAUUAGACCCUAUGUGAAGAUUUGCACAUAAAGAGGCUCAGGUUUUUCACUUCCCAUUGUCAGUCAGUGCAAACUGUGGGUUAAAGUUCUGUGGCUAUCAAAGAUACCAUUGGAAUAAAAGCAGAUAAAAGCAGCGCACCCACAUUUAAGACAGUUCAGGAAAUGAUAGUGCUGGGCACAGCUUUCAUGGAUCAGUGCCUUGGACAGAGGGUGCAGUGCGGGAGUUGCUGGAGAUCAGGGUUGAGGAAUGAAAGCAGGGAGGGGUGGAGCAGUGGAGGCAGUAUCCAACCUGCUGAGUCAAAGAAAUAUGUGUGGCCUGCAAAGGGCUGCAGCAGAAUACUUUUCAGAAGGAGCAGGGUGUGUCUCUGAGUUACAGUCUAGCCCCUGCUGUGACCUUGGAAGAUGAACUGGUAGGAAAUAAUCUUGAAGACAAAGGUUAAUCCAGAAUAAAUAUGAGCUACAUGAUCAGAGGGAUAAGAGCACUGACUCUGCUGUUUCCUAACCCAAGCUGAAUCACCUUCAAUGACUCCAGCUCACUGAAAUCCAUGGAUUCUUUCCACUGAACACAGUAGGCUCUGGAGCCAACCCUCUAGAGCACUCCUUCAUCUUUCUCUUCUCUUUUUUAUUAGAGAUCUUUAUGUUGCAUCCAAUAUAGUCCAUGGUGGCCACAUCCUUAAAUACUUUUAAAAGACACUUUUAAAACAGAGGCUGCUGCAGGGAGGUACCUGCUAUUAUAUCCCCCUUGCAGGUAGAAAAGGCUGUUGAUGGAGUGGAGUGGUAAUAUCUCUUCCAGAUAGGCGGGACUGACAUUCCUUCUUCGCCCCCACCUCCCUUUGCUCCCAUGUUAAGAUAAAUUAGGUUAUUAAACACAGCAAGUAGGCAGGCAGAAGUGGAUUGAUUAACAUUAAUCAAAUGAUUCCUUUCCGUGAGCAACAUUUCUGGGAUUUCCCAGGAGAUAAGGACAAAGCCACUUGAUAGUUGCUGGUUUUUCUGUUGGUAAAAGAUGGCUCAUUAGAUAGAGCUAAUUACACCAGUAUGGGGACUUGGCUUUGUCCAGGACUUGCAGGAGACAGCCAAACAAUGCAACAAGAAAAACAGCAGUGAAGUUCCCAGUUGGGCAUCCAUGUCUUCUUUCCAGCUUGUUUUCUGGCUUCAUCUCUCACAGAUCAUCUGUAAGGGCUGAUGCCAGUGUGAGUCUGACAGGGGUGGCUCACUCUAGACACAUCCUGUACAUACAUUAUUCCUCUAAAGCAUCUCCUAUUUGCCACACAGGAUGCUGGGCUAGAUGGACCAUUGGUCUGACAUUGGGCCAUUGGUAUGAUACUGCUUAUGUUCUUAUGCACAAUAAGAAGCUAAACACAAAACUGCAAGAUCAUUUGGAUCCAAAAAACAAACACUUUGGCUAAAAAACAGGCAGAUUUUUAUUUUUAAAAUACCAUCCAUUAAUAACCAAAAAGGCAUGACCAGUUUUACCAUAUGGUCCUGUUACACAAGCACCCCUCCCCAAACGUGCCAUGAGCUAUUUAGAUGAAAAUGAAAGCUUUCUACCAGAAGACCAUCUUAAUUGAAAAGCCCAUUGUUCAGCCCUCACUUCUAAAAAUGGUUCGACCCCAAGUGUAACCAGCUCUGGUAAUCAGCCCUGUAGGGGUUUGCAGUGAUUAUUUUCAAAUGCUGGUAUGCAGGAUGGAAGUGAAAAGUAUGCUCCCUACUAGCCAUGGAGGGGUUAAGUAGGUGGGGUUUAUGUCGAGGAAGUGCCUGAUGGAUCUUGGGUUCGCUGAAGUUCUGCCUUUCUGCAAUUCAGCCACUCACACGCUUCAGACACCUGUCCCCAUCUCCACCUCCCCACCUGGCUGCACCAUAUAUAAACCCACAUACACCCCAUGUAAUCCACAGUCUUCAGAGCCCUUUGACUGGUCAACAGACCAGCCUUGCCCUCUGCCUGUUGUGCUGACAUGUCUUUCUUCCCCACCAGCAAGGGCCAGGCAAGUUAUCCCUCCUUCAGCAGCUUUACCUACACCUCUCCUAGCACCCGCAGGAUCACCAACCCCAUCUCUGUCAUGAUGAGAAAGAAAGACCAUGGUAAUUUGGGAUUGGGGUACAAACGCUUCUCGUGGGACGACCAGGCUAUUGUGAAGAUCAACCAGAACCUGCUGGACCCCAUUGAGUCUGGGCUUGACCCCACUUACCAUCAGGAAAAGUUAAAGGAGAAGGAGGACCUCAAGGCCCUCAACAAUCAAUUUAUCCACCUCAUUGAAAGGGUCAGCUCACUGGAGCAGCACAAAACGGUGCUGGAGACCAAAUGUAGCAUCUUGAAGAGCCAGAAAGCAACCCCUGCACGCACGGAGAACCUGUUCAAGACAUAUAUCAGCCAACUGAAAAAGCGUCUGGAGGACCUAGGGCAGAUGAAAGGCAAGCUGCAUCUGGAGCUGCAUAAAACCCAGGAUAUUAUGGACAAAAACAAGCAGAAGUACGAAGAGGAGUUCAACCUUCGCAAUGAGAAGGAGAAUGAUUUUCUCCUGAUGAAGAAGGAGGUGGAUGAGGCCUAUAUCUCCGAGAAGGAACUGGAGGGCAAGCUGGACAGGCUGAGAGACGAGCUUGAAUUCCUGAAGAACUUUUACGACCAGGAGAUGCAUGAGCUCCAGACCGAGGUUCAUAUGUACAAGGAGAGUGUGGUCAUCUCCAUGCCUAAGCAGCCCAGCCUGGAGGUGGACAGCAUCGUUUCCGAGGCCCAGAGCCAGUAUGAGAAGAUGGCUGAGAGGAGCCGCGAGGAGGCUGAGAAGGCCUACAGGGACAGGCACAACAAGCUCAAGGACGCCAUGGGCAGGCGUGGGGAAGAGCUCCAGACCACGAAGACAGAGAUCAACGACUUGACCAGGAAGAGCCUGCACAUUCAGCUGGAGAUUCAGAAUCUGAAAGAGCAGUGCAAUAAGCUGAAGGAGGACAUUGCCAAUGCUGAUGACCGGUACAAGUUUCCCAUUGAGGAGGCCAAAAAUAAACUGCAUAUGCUGGAGAACGCCAUACAGCAGGCCCGGCAGGACAUGGCGCACCAUCUGCGCGAGUAUCAGGAGCUGUUGAACGCCAAGCUGGGGCUGGACAUUGAGAUUGUUACCUACCGGAAGCUGCUGGAGGGCGAGGAGGGCAGGCUGGAGUCCGGGAUGCAGAACCUGUCCAUUCAUCGCAAGUUUCACCACCAUCAUGUCUUCCACUUAGCGGGAAACAAAAUGGCUGCUAUCAUCGCCUCAGCCCUGCAGGCAGAGAUGGGAUUAAAGAUGCUGGGCUGCACUUUUCGAAUGAGUAAUAUAUCCAUAGUGUUGACAUGAUGUUGCAGCCAUGAUGGCCCAGGAAAUAUGUGAGUGAAAGGAUUUUACUGGGUGAUAUUCUUUAUUGAACCAGCUGCAUGGUUGGGAUAGACAAGCUGUUGAAUACAAGCCUGAAGAGGAAUUCACAAGCAUGUCUAAAAUUGUGUAUGUUUAAAUGUCGGGCUGUAUUUUACUUUGAAUUGCAAAGAAGACAUUUAAAUUGCGGAAAAAACCCCACGUACAUGAAAACUGUAACGCAGUUAAAUCACAAAAAAGGGCAAAUUUCGUCAUGUGUACAAGCGCCUUAAUAUUUUAAUAGAAAAAGGACUACUAGGGGAUAAUCCAGAUCCACAUCUGCUUGCAAAUCUAUUUAUGGUUCUCCAGCAUCUACUGCUUAGACACAUUUUUCCUAUGUAGUUUAAAAUCAUUGCUACUAUACAUUCUCUUUUCUGGUGACUGAUUGUUACAUAUUUUGCUUUUGCUUUUUUUUUGACCAAGAAUACCCCAAGACUCUUAAUUCACCCAGGUUGGCCGUGCACCCUCAAUUGCAAAAGGAGUAUUUGGGAAGUUAAGUCAAUGUUUUUCUAAGUAGAAAGUUGAUUUAUGGGGUAAUCCCUGGGCGUGGUUGCAAGUUUGUAGAAGUCAGGGUAUUACAUGAAUUUGCUCAAACAAUUGCCUGCCAAGGGGCUUAGAAAAUGAAUGGUGUGGCAAAAUAUGUUGAGGAACUUGUAAGGAUUUGUCAGCAACAUAAGAACCAAAGGAGAUCUGUUCUGGGUUGACAGGGCUGAAACACAGGCAGCUGGGGGUGAAGGAGAGUUCUCACCACCUAUAAUAACAUAACUGGGCUUUUUUUUAGCUUUUUGGGGUGUGUUGAAGGGAAGGUCAUUUUAGCAAGGGGAGGGGGAGGGGUGGGCAGGCUGCCAGGCACACCUAAACCCACAA